ACAGCCUCCCCUCAGCGAGAGCUCGCGCUCAGCCCUCCUGCACACCGCACAUGGAUUUCGCGGCUCAGAAGUGUUUUCACCGGACAUCUCGGCGCAAAUGGCUUGUUUUCUUCUGACUUGAAGGAUGACUUCUCGCUCUUGAUGCUGAGGACUGCUCGGAACUUACGCUAAAGACAGAUAUUAUUUAUGAAACCAGCAAGAAAUGAAGAUGAACCUCGUGAACAACUGUUUGGCUUUUCUCUUAGUUUGGCAGGCGCACGCGGUCAGCGGGAGACAUGCAAAUUGUCACUUUCUGUAUGAGGUGCAGAUGGCUGAGAAGGAAUGUUUGGGCAUGCUGGCAGACGAGUUGCCUCCGCACACUAAAGGUUGCAGGGGGAUGUGGGACAAUAUUUCUUGCUGGCACCAUGCCGAUAUCGGAGAGGUGGUGGUCAAUACCUGCCCAGCUGCCCUAAAAAAUUUGUUCACCAGAGAUGCAGAGAUGCCCAAACCAGGGCCAGUAAUGACCUUUGAUUUGGCCUGCCAUGCCAUACAACAAGAGGAGGGGAAAAUGAAAAAAAAAAAGGUUUUAAUAUAAUGUAUGUGGAUAUAAUGCAACAUUUACUUUUGGCACACAGCCCUCAAUCAAGUUAGAUUUUUGGCCAUUUGUAUUAAAAUUUUGGGCA